UUCGAAGUCUACUGUGGGAAAAAGCAAAUGCAAGAUAACACCACGCCCUCCGACGAGAAGUCCGGGCCAGCAGCGGUGGUACGGAAUCUAAAACAGGUUUUUGGCGCUGACGGACCCCGAGAUUUCCGGUUGAUCAUCACGGAUAGGUUCUAUACGUCCGUGGUGUUGGCGAUGCAGCUACUGACCAUGGUCAUCUACACUAUCGGCACUAUCAUGAUGAACAAACGCGGCCUGUGUGAGGCCAUUCUCCCGAAGAAGCUGAAGAACGGAAGGCGAGCGUCCAAGAAGACGCCCCGUGACGUCGACAGAGGGACGUAUCAGGUUGCGGAAGCGCUACACGUUCCGGCCAUGAAGGCUAUCCGUUGGUACGACAAGCAGACAGUCCAAAUUCUCGCCACAGGUGGUAGU